UGACUCUACCUAGUUUUUAAUGUCACUCAUAGAGAUACACAAUCACAGAUGAAACAUGCGCUUCUUACUUCUAUUUUGUGCAACUGCGUGCUUCGUUCCAUUAGGUUUGGGUAUUAAAUGUUACAAAUGCACCAGCGAUAAUUCUGAUUUCUGCGGCGAUAAAUUCGACGCUAAAAAAGCAACAGUUGAAAAUUGCCCGACCAGAAAUGCGCAUGAAACCUGCGGCUACGUAGAAUUCGAGCACAAUAAUAAACUAGCUACACAUAGAGAUUGUGGUGGGCCUUAUAAUGAUUGCAACAUACUGUUAUCGUCGUUAAGUCAGACGUAUCACAUCAACUCCUUAACGGCUUGUAAAUUCUGUACUGGAGAUUUGUGCAAUUCAGCGACAAACCUUCAAGUGACUGGCCCGAUUAUUUUCGCUGUGUUAUCUACCGUCUACAUGUUUUUGUAAUUUUUUAAAUAAAUUUAUGUACGUGUUGUUAUAAA